UUGACAAGAAAAGUGAUAAUGUGGGUGUUUGGUUAUGGUUCAUUGAUAUGGAAAGCAGACUUUCCAUACGAAGAAGUUCUCGUUGGUUACAUCAAAGGAUACGUUAGAAGGUUUUAUCAGAAAAGUACAGAUCAUAGAGGAAUACCUAGUGAACCUGGUCGUGUUGUUACAUUGCUUAAUUCUGAUAAUUCUAAUGAUGAAGUAUGGGGUGUUGCUUAUAAACUAUCACCUCAGUACAUAGAUACAGUUGUCAAACACUUGGAUUACAGGGAAAAAGGAGGUUAUGAAAGAAAAAGUGUUCUCUUUUAUCCAUCUUACUCAAUUAAAAAUACUAAAUCAUAUUCCUUAGCAAAUAAUAUUUCUCAAAAUAAUUAUGAGAAUGAAAACUUAUUAUCAUCAGUUUCAGAAAACACACCAUUUUAUAUUACAAUUUACAUAGGUGGAGAAGGUAAUCCAAAUUUUGCAGGUAUAGAAGAUAUAUACACAAUAGCAAAACAGAUAUUAGUGUCUCAUGGCCCUAGUGGAGCUAACACGGAGUAUUUGUAUAACCUGGCUUCUGCAAUGCGAGUGAUAGCACCAGGUAUAAAUGAUGAACAUUUAUAUACACUAGAGGCAAUUGUGAAGACAUUGGAACAAGAAAAAAAUGUAAAAAUAAACUUGGAUAAAAAUUUAUGCAUUAAUGAAAAUGGAUAAAGAAAUUUGUCUUUUUAAUCAGUAAAUUUCAGAGUUUAAUAAUGUAAUCAAAAGUUUGUAUUUAAAACUCUGGAAAAUAAGCAAAUUGCUUGUAU